GACACUAAAAAAUUCAAUUAUUAAUCAAUUCAAAAAAAAAAAACGAAUAAAAAGUAGCAUACAAAGUGCAGUUAAGUGAAGUUCAAAAAUACCGAUAUGUGGCCCCACUUAUUCGGCUUUAUUUCGCUGCUUUGCCUUGCAUUGUUCUGUGCCUGGGCGCAAGCUGGACCAGUGCCAAUUGUGAAUGAGCAUCAGCAGCUCAUGCCCAAGGUGCCUCAAUGGCAUUGUUUGCGUUACUUUAAGCACGAUGUGCUGAUGAUGCGUCGCUGUCGACAUUUGCGUGUUCCUACGGCACCGCGUCUUGGAGAUACGCUCAUACGCAAGAGGAAGAAAUAGAAAGUGUGGCGAUCAGGUGACCAGUUAAGCCAAAAGCAACAACAACAACACAAACAACAACAACGAUUAGACACGACUGAACAACAAUACGAAUUCCAAUUACAAAUAGAAUUUCAACAGGAUUUAUAACAAGACCAAAAAGCGAAA